GAUAAUUUAAGGGAUUUCGUGUGCGUGCAUCUCCCAGAUACGCAAUGGAAAUUUUGGGAAUAGUUUUUUAGUAUUUUUUGUAUAAUUCCUCCAUUUAGAUAUAUUUUUGGGAAUUAAAAUAUAUUUAACGAAUUUCAAUGGAAGGGAAUUAAAAGUGCAUAAGUGUUUAAAAGGAUAUAAUACACCUUAUCCCAGUGACUAGUGACAGUGAGACUUAACGACAAUCCAUAUACGAACGGAUACAUUAUAACGGAUCACAUCAUAUAAAUGAUUUUUGGAUUAAUCUAUAACAUAAAUAUUGUAUAUCAAAGGACAACACAAUAAUUGUAAUUGUGUGUAGAGAGAUUGUGCCCCCAAGCAGCACAAAACCAUCAUCUUCGUUGCAUCUAUUGCGUCGUCCUUGCGUUCGUCAAACAUGCUGACAACAGCAUUCAGAGAAGGAGGACGAUGUCUUACAUUUGGGGUGAUAUUAAUCUGCAGUCUACUUGUCGAGCAGCGGACUUUAGCUGCACACGGAGAAAAUCCUCGCAUCGUUGAACAUCCUAUGGACGUGACUGUGCCAAAAAAUGAUCCCCUUACGUUAAAUUGCAAAGCCGAGGGUGAUCCGAUGCCAUCGAUACAAUGGUAUAAGGAUGGACAGGAAUUAAAAGUCGAUACGGGAUCACAUAGGCUUUUAUUACCAGCUGGUGGAUUAUUUUUUCUAAAGGUAAUCCAUUCCCGGAGGGAAAGUGAUGCUGGCGUCUAUUGGUGUCAAGGGAAGAAUGAGUUUGGCGUUGCUCGAAGUCGAAAUGCAACCCUUCAAGUUGCUUUCCUUCGUGAGGAAUUCCGUUUGGAACCACAAAACACCCGUGUUGCACAGGGUGAUGUAGCACUGAUGGAAUGCGGUGCACCACGCGGCUCGCCCGAGCCCACAAUCACAUGGCGUAAAAAUGGACAAACACUAAAUUUGAGUGCAUCAAAGAGGAUACGCAUUGUGGAUGGCGGUAAUCUGGCAAUUCAGGAUGCACGACAAUCGGACGAUGGACGAUAUCAGUGUGUGGUAAAGAAUAUUGUUGGGACGCGAGAAUCUGCGGUUGCAUUUCUAAAAGUUCAUGUUAAACCAUUCCUCAUUCGAGGACCACAAAAUCAAACCGCAGUGGUUGGCAACUCUGUGAUAUUUCAAUGUCGUAUUGGUGGUGAUCCUUUGCCUGAUGUCCUGUGGCGUCGAACUGCAUCUGGUGGCAAUAUGCCAUUACGACGUGUACACAUUCUUGAAGAUCGUAGCCUUAAAUUAGACGAUGUUACACUCGAAGAUAUGGGCGAGUAUAGUUGCGAAGCAGACAAUGCUGUCGGUUCAAUUACCGCCACUGGAACCCUUACAGUACAUGCUCCUCCAAAGUUCAUUACUCGUCCGAAAAAUCAACUUGUAGAAAUUGGAGAUGAAGUACUAUUUGAGUGCCAAGCAACCGGAUAUCCAAAGCCAACACUUUACUGGUCCGUCGAAGGAAAUAGCUCACUGAUGUUUCCCGGCUAUCGGGAUGGCCGCAUGGAAGCCACCCUCACACCUGAAGGACGAAGUGUUUUGUCAAUUAUUCGAUUCGCUCGAGAGGAUUCUGGCAAAGUGGUUGUUUGUAAUGCACUUAACGCUGUCGGUAGUGUGAGCAGUCGAACUGUUGUGACAGUCGAUACUCAGUUUGAACUACCGCCACCGAUAAUUGCUCAGGGCCCAGUAAAUCAAACGUUGCCAGUCAAGUCAAUUGUAACUUUACCCUGUCGAACAGUUGGAACACCAGCUCCUAUGGUGUCCUGGUAUCGAGAUGGUAUCCCAGUUGAUGAGAGUCCCGAUGAUGAUCGAAGAAAUAUCUCAGAGUCAGGGGCACUUACCAUCAGCGACUUACAAAAGACAGAAGACGAAGGAUUGUACACUUGUAUAGCAAGCAAUCGAAAUGGAAAGUCCUCGUGGAGUGGAUAUCUCAAGUUAGAAGCCCCAACCAAUCCGAAUAUUAAGUUCUUUCGAGCUCCAGAAUUGUCGACAUAUCCUGGACCACCGGGAAAGCCUCAAGUGGUCGAGAAAACAGAAGAUACGGUCACGAUUUCAUGGACUCGUAGCAAUAAAAUCGGGGCGUCUGCUUUGAAAGGAUACGUGGUGGAAAUGUUUGGGAAGAACGAAACAGAAGGUUGGAUUGCGGUGGGGGCUCGUAUUCAGAAUACCACCUUUACUCAGGUAGGCCUGAAUGCGGGAGUCAAUUAUUUUUUUGUGAUACGUGCCGAAAACUCGCAUGGCCUAUCACUGCCAAGUGCUUUGUCGGAACCAAUAGCUGUUGGAAUGAAGAGCUUUAACAGCGGUUUGGAUUUAAGUGAGGCUCGGGCAAGCCUUCUUUCGGGCGACGUUGUGGAACUGAUCAAUGCGACAUCUCCAGAAUCGACAAGCAUGAAAUUAACGUGGCAGAUAAUCAAUGGCAAAUACGUAGAAGGAUUCUACAUCUAUGCACGACAAUUACCCGAUUCAUCGGUCGUCGUCAGUACACGCUCGAAUGCAUUGGUGGCAGCACCAGACUCAACAGACCCACCAACUGCUCUCGAACAUUCCACCAAAAAUAAUGGCGGCGGUGGCGGUAUUGGGAAUAUCAGGACGAGUAUCUCUGGUACCGUUUACAAAAUGCUAACGAUACUGAACGGUGGCGGAGCAUCAACAUGUACAGUUACCGGUCUGAUGAAGUACACACGGUAUGAAUUUUUUAUCGUACCCUUCUAUAAGUCUGUCGAAGGGAAACCAUCCAAUUCAAGGAUCGCACGUACUCUAGAGGAUGCUCCUGUUGAACCUCCAUAUGGAAUGGAAGCUGCUCUAGUCAAUUCAUCGGCUGUAUUCUUGAAAUGGAAAGCCCCAAUAAUGAAAAAAAACCACGGAAUACUCCUUCACUAUCAUAUUGUAGUUCGUGGAGUCGACAUGAAAAUGAAUUUAUCUCGUAUCCUCACGAACGUAACAAUCGAUGCUGCAUCACCAACCCUUGUGCUAGCAAAUUUAACCGAAGGGGUUAUGUAUACGGUUAGUGUGGCUGGUGGUAAUAGAGCUGGCAUUGGGCCAUAUUGUUCACCAGCAACAUUGCGCUUGGAUCCAAUAACAAAGAGAUUAGAUCCGUUUAUUAAUCAAAGAUAUCCCAUCAAUCAAGAACAUGUGGAUGAUGUCCUUACCCAACCAUGGUUCAUCAUAUUAUUGGGAACAAUUUUGGCUGUGAUGAUGUUGUCCUUUGGUGCAAUGGUAUUUGUGAAGAGGAAACAUAUGCUGAUGAAGCAAUCGGCAUUAAAUUCAAUUCGAGGCACACAUCAUCCAAACGAUGUCCUCAAAAUGCCGAGUCUAUCGCGCAAUGGAAAUGGUUUCUGGUUGGAUGCCUCGACUGGUGGUAUGGUUUGGCGUCCUUCAGCUACUGAUGCAAUGGACAUGCAAAAGGAUCAAAUUGCCGACUAUGCACCCGUUUGUCUAACAACAACAACAUUGCCAUCUGAACAGCAUCGAAAUCAAAGAUACGUGGGCGAGUAUUCCAAUAUUCCGACGGAUUAUGCUGAGGUGUCGAGCUUUGGUAAGGCCCCAAGUGAAUACGGAGGCAGUACAACUGGAAAACAUUCACCGGCCCCCUAUGCCACUUCCUCAAUAGUUGGCACGACCCGUUAUCCAAAUGAAUACAGCAGUGGAUCGACCGGAUAUCAUAGCCAAUCAACUCAUGCCCAACUUUACAAUCAUCACCAACAACAACAACAACAAAAUUAUCCAAAUUCUAUGCAACAUCAACGAUUCAAUGGCAGUAGCACUGGCUACCAUCACAGUAAUCACCAUCAUCAGCAUUCGAAUUCGUCAAACGUCUACCAAACCGCCAACGAUAUGUAUCCAGGUGGUGGUAAUUCAAAUAGGUCCACCUAUUCCGAACAAUAUUACUAUCCCAAGGAAAAGAUUCACAUAACCGAGAACAAACUGAACAAUAUGACAAAUUGCCUUACAUUUAACCCACGAACCCAUGUUGGAAUUCAGCCAACACCGGGUACAGCUCCGGGAGUCUUGCAGCAGGGCAGCCCCAUGGGAACAAUAAGACGGAACAACAAUCGCUUCAAAGUAGCACACCCACAAAAUCUGAAUCAGAAUCAGAAUUUCCUCAACCACCAUCAUCUGGGUGACAAUGGAAAACGUGUUGAGGCGAUACCACCACCAACUCUGCCGCCACAAUCGCAGAUGAAGUACAAUGGCGGUUCUUCGGGGAAUACGGUUGCGAACAACGCAACCAUCGUGUCGACGGCUUCUUCUGCCAACAAAAGUCUCCUCGAUUUCGAGUCGACGGUAAUGGUCGAUUCGGGAUUUGGUGGCGGCGUUGGUGGUGGCAGUGGUGGAAUCGGAACAGGCUGCGAUAGUGGUUGCGGAUCACCGUCGCUGUUGCAUGCUCAGGACGAGCAACUUUAUAUAAAAGUUGGCGAAACCAAUCCACCGGAUAAUACUUACCUCAAUUGGCGGGGCCAGCCAACGCGGGGCUCGUAUAGUAGUCGUAGUAUUGGAGCAAGCAGCAGCAUUGGCGGUAGUAGCACUCUAAGCCUGGAACAGAAUGACAAUGGAGGUGAUAAUCUAAUGGCGUCGUCUACGGUGGCUGACAAUAGACGACGACAGGUGUCGGCGGCAGCAGCGGUGGCUGCAUCGUCGUCGCUUUCCACGGCAAACGAUAACGAUGUGAUUUAUGCGCCAUCUAGUGAUCGGAGUCUUAUUAGUUAUAAUACUCAGGUGGAUAACGUGUGACCUGUCAUCAGCCCUUUGCGAAAAUCCUAAAAGCAAACUCUUUGAAAUUAAAGAUUGAAUGAAUGGAUGUAAGGAGAGAAAACAAGAGAAUGGUGAACUGGGUUGGGGAGAUAUGAUUUAUUAAAGAGGGUUGUUGCUAUGCGAUAAAGGACUUUUCUCGUUGCAGGGAGAUCCAUAAAAUAGGAAUUCUAUAACUGUUGUAUUUUUUCUUUUGUUUUUUUUUUUAUUUUACUAAGACUGAUGAAGAGAGAUGCAAAUUUUAAGACAUAUAUGUAGAUUAAAGGGGGAUGCUGCUUAGUUUUACCUACAAAAUAGCUUUGCCCACAAAAAAUAAAAAAUAUAGUCUUGGGCAAAGCUGCCAUAAAAUGAUCCUAAAAAAAAUCCCUAAUGUGAGUCUCUCUCUAUAUAGAUUCUAGUUAGGCUGAUAUAUAUUUAACAAAUGAUAAAAUGCAAACAAAUAUAAUUAAGAAGAGUAGAUAUUCAUUUGAACAAAAAAUUAAAAAUUAAUAAAAAUAUAA